AUGGCUUUUGAUUUAUAUACAUUUGAUGAUUAUGAUGAUGAAGAAGAAGAAAGGCUUUUUCAUCACUUUGGUGGAGUUUUUCUUUACAAUAUUAUUUUAGGUUCGGACCACAACAUGACCACAAAAUGCCUUUUUGAGAAAAGAAUCAAAAGGGCUUUUCUAUUUUCUUUCUCUUUUUUAUUACGCAAGCAAGUGGCAGAGGGUCUUGUACAAGUGGAUGGUAAAAGAGACGUGCUGACCAUGGCGCUCGGGACAGAUGAGCAUGGUGGUCGGGUUCGAGCCAUGGGUUUCGGCGUCACCCAAACCCAAUAUUUCAACACACCACGCCCUAAAAGGAAAAAUGUCGAUGGGUCGAACCAGGCAUCAUCUGAAUUGGAGAGACGCGUGCGUGAGACAGAGGAACGCAACAGAAAGUUGGAGGAUAAAGUGGAUGAGCUCAUUCGUUUUAUUAGUUCCCAGCAUAGCAGCGUUGCAUCUGGUUCCGGUGUUGGAGGAGCAUCAACUGAACCACCGAACGUUGACAUUGCCUCCGAACCAGUAGCACGACCGUCGAGUGCUGCCAAUGUCUACUCUGCACCAGAUCCCAUAGCACAACCCACAACCGUCGGCAUCGCUAAUGUCUACUCUCCAUUACCCCCGCGUUUUCGAGAGGAAAUUGCUCCAGCAGCAGCACCGCCACCUACUGGUGGUAGUUCGGAAGAGACCUUACCAUGUUGGAUGCACUGUCUGUUGGAGCCUAGUGGGAUGGUACUGAAGGUUGCUUCAGGCCACAUUGUGAAGGAGAAAUAUUUGAAAGAUGGAAAGUUUUCCAUUAACAUGGAAGAAUACCUACACAAAGAUUAUCGUCGGGUAUAUAUCGAAGAAGCCAAUAUGGAGAAUGCACUGCUCCCGUGUCCCUUAGUCGACGAUUCAUUGAUGACAGUAGGUCAAGCUGUAAAUGGUCAUGUGGCAUGGCCAAAAGACUAUCUUACACCUGUUGGGAAAUAUUUGACACAACCACCCACCAAGAAACUUCAGAAGCAACCCGUGAAGAAAAGCUCUGAAGAUUUACUCGGUCCUCCAACACAGCCUCUAAAACACCCUGGGAGGCCGAGUAAGGCAAAAGUUAAUGCAAAGUAUGCCCAACCACGCCAAACUUCUUCCAUUAUUGCAUUUUGGAACUUCGUCAAAAGGUGGCCCAAGUCAUCCAUGCUCCAAUUCCAAGUCCAGAAUGAGCUAUUUGGGGUCGCAGAUGACUCUAUUUGGCUUGCUAAGAGUGACAUUCAAGAAUUGUGCACCAUGCAAUACUUGGGAGCCCAACAAAUAGGAGUUUGGUGCAAGUACCUUAAAGAAAGACUGUUGGACAUGGGUGGGUUGAAUCGAGUCUAUGAAUUUUUGAAUCCGGGUGCGAUUGCCACCGAUGCAGGGGAUGAGAGUAAUCGUUGCCAAGCACUAGUCGCUCGAAUGACUAGGAUGACUAAUUCAGAGAAAUGGCUUAUUGCCCCAUAUAAUAAUAGGAAGAUGUUUCACUGGAUGCUUGUGGUCAUCCAGCCAAGUACGCAGACGGUGGCGUACUUGGAUUCAGGCAACGACAACAUCCCAGAUGAUUUGAACUUUAUUAUAUCCACAUCGUUCACAAUGUAUAACCGAAUGGUACGACGACCUGAUCGACCUACCCAGUGGAUGACUCCUAUUUGUCCUCAACAACCCGAUGACAAACAGUGUGGAUACUACGUCAUGAAAUUCAUUGAAAGUUUCAUGGUCGUAGAAGAUCCAAUACAAUUGUUGACCCGACAAGAUAGGUUCUCCACUCCGUACACUAAUGAUGAGAUAAAUAUUAUGCGUGAUCGGUGGAUUCAUUAUGUGAAAGCGGAAGCGGAGCGACAACAGCUACCGUGUUAGACAGUGUGUAUACAUAUACAUAUUUAGAUGAUAUUAAUUAGCGUUAGUUCAAUUAUUGUGACUAUACAAAAUUUUAAAUAUAUUUAGACGUUAGUUUAAUUGUUGUCACUAUGCAGAUUUUUACAAAAUUUAAAAAUUAAUGCAGGGAAAAAAAUUGCAGAAAAUUUGUUUUUUUUUUCCUAUUUUUCAAAUGUACCGACCGAAAAAAACCGUCGCUAAAAAAAUUCAAAAACGACACCAACAUAUAAGGCACGGUUGAAAACCAUCGCCUAUAACUGGGUAUAGGCGACGGUUUAGAACCGUGCCUAAUACUAUAGGCGACGGUUUAAAACCGUCGCCUAUAGUAUUAGGCACGGUUUAAAACCGUCGCCUAUACCCAGUUAUAGGCGACGGUUUUAAACCGUCGGGAAUCCCAGAUUAGCGACGGUUUUAAACCGUCGCCUAUUUUGCCCAAUUUACGACGGCCGAAUAGGCGACGGUUAUAGAA